UUCCUGCUCAGAGGACAAAAGCCGGGGAAGUGGGAAGGAAGUGAUCCAGGGCUGAUAGCUGCCACUGAAAACAAAACCAAAACGCAGACCUGGCUGCCCCCAUGCCUAUCGAAUUUGUUUGCAAAAUCAAAUUUGCAGAGGAGGAUGAGAAGCAGAAAAGCAAGCAGGAUGGGGACAAGGAGAGCCUGAUUGAGGAGAGCUGCACGCCUCCGGCCAAAGACUUGGCUGGGUUUGCCAACUCCUGCUCCCUCCAUGGGAUUAACCACAUCUUUGUCUCUGGUCGCCUGGGUAUCCGGCAGACUCUCUGGGCUCUUGCCUUUUUGACUUCACUAGCGCUGUUUCUGUACCAAGCAGCUAAGUGUGCCAUCUCUUACCUGGAGCACCCUCAUGUCACAGCUUUGAAUGAGGAGGCGACCCCAGAGAUGGUUUUCCCUGCUGUGACCAUCUGCAACAUCAACCGCUUUCGCUUCUCCGCACUCACUGAUGCUGACAUCUAUCACCUGGCUAACUUGACAGGUCUGCCUCCCAAAAAUAGAGACGGGCACAAACCUACCGAUUUAAUGUAUCCUGCUCCUGACAUGCAGGACAUCUUCAACAGAACAGGACAUCAGUUAGAAGAGAUGCUGAUGAGCUGCAAUUUCAGUGGACAGAACUGCUCAGUGGACGACUUCUCUGUGGUUUACACCAGAUAUGGGAAAUGCUACACUUUUAAUGGAAACAAGACUACAUCCAGAAAAGCCAAGCAAGGUGGAAUGGGAAAUGGUCUAGAGAUCAUGUUGGAUAUCCAGCAGGAUGAGUAUCUGCCCAUCUGGAGAGAGACAAAUGAGACGUCUCUGGAGGCCGGCAUCCGAGUUCAGAUCCACAGUCAGGAUGAGCCUCCAUACAUCCACCAGCUGGGCUUCGGCGUCUCCCCGGGCUUCCAGACCUUUGUUUCAUGUCAGGAGCAGAGACUGACCUAUCUGCCCCAGCCCUGGGGGAACUGCCGCUCCACCAGCAAGGAGAAAUUCCCAGGAUACGAGACUUACAGCAUCAGCGGCUGUCGUUUGCUCUGUGAGACCAACGAGGUCCUGAGGGUGUGCAAUUGCAGAAUGGUACACAUGCCUGGAACUGCAGAUAUCUGCCCUCCCAGUAAAAUCAGCUGUGUUGACAAAGCACUCGCACAGCUACAGAAGAACAGCGGGGAUAUCUGUCCAUGCGAGACACCCUGUAAUCUCACCCGCUACGGUAAAGAGCUCUCCAUGGUCAAAAUCCCCAGCAAGGGCUCGGCUCGCUACCUCUCCAGGAAAUACGACAAGUCGGAGGACUACAUCAGGGACAACUUCUUGGUGUUGGAUGUCUUCUUUGAAGCUCUGAAUUAUGAAACAAUUGAGCAAAAGAAGGCGUACGAUGUUGCAGGUUUAUUAGGUGACAUCGGUGGACAGAUGGGCUUAUUCAUUGGAGCCAGCAUCCUGACAUUCUUAGAAAUACUGGAUUACAUCUAUGAGGUCAUCAAGCACCGGCUACAGCGUCUGCUGAGGCCGCAGAAAGAGGAGGACAAAAAGAGCAAGCAGCCGGCCAGUACGGUUGCAACAGUGAGUUUAGAGGAAAUGAAAGCAAAGGAGCCCAAUGACACAACAAGGAGUCACCCAGAGGGCGCGUACGCCAACACAAUUCUCCCCAACCACCACCAACCUCAUCCUCACCCUCACCCGCAUCCUCACCCUCAGCUUCAUCGGCCUGGACAUCAUGGGGUGUUUGAGGACUUCGCCUGCUAAACCCAACCAGUGUUCAGUCCUGGUGACAACAAAAGAGAAUGUCUGCGUUGAGCUCAAUAACAGACCCCUCUGCUUUUCUGUCAUUUCUUUGCUGUCACCAGUGAAAAGCUACGGCCAAAGUCAAACACCAAACUUGUGCUGCUAACAAACCACUUGUACGUACAGUGUGUAGGCACAAAUCAGACACAGCUUUUUGUCUUUUUUUCUCUCUUUCUCUUGCUUUGGAUGGGAUCCCUGCUCAACUUUGCCCCGCUUCACUUUGACUCCAGACACUUUGUGACUACAGGACCGAUUUUUUUUUGGUACAUGAUCACUACGAAAGGAUUAAGAAGAGGAGUGCAUGUCACCUUGAUUCAGAUUGUUCUCCGUAAAAGAAAAAAAUAGGACUUCUUUGCUUAGUUGGUAUCUUUCUUUUUUUCUUUCUCUCUCUCUCUUCAAAGUAUUCCUCUUACAUCAUAGAGCCAUACCAUGUCAAGUCAUUACUGGAUAAAUUAUGUAAUUAUUUAAAGAGAAACUGUUAUCUAUAUGUUCUAUAUUGUAUACAAAAUAACUUCAGUAAGCAAACCUUAUUCGUGUCAUGCCAUCCAAAGUGUAAAGGGAUUUAUUUAGGCUGAAAUAUACAUAUGACCUUGGUCAAACCACACUUUGUCUGGUUUGUGGUUAAGGUGUUAGAGAAUAGCAGUGUACUUGUACAUAAAAUCCAACUGAAAAUCAGAGUCCUAAAAGUUCUGUUUUAAUGGUUGUUGUUUAUAUUUAGUUAAUAUAUAACUUAUGUAAUAUUAACUUUAGUUAUUUAUACAUUUUAGAGAAGUUUUUAUAUGAGAAUAGCAAACACGAUUGUAGCAAUUACUGUACACUUACACUCUGCAGAUACAACAGACUGCCAAACAUUAGCACAUUUAUCCAGCUAAACAAGAAUGGACUGUAUGGUCAUGACUGUCUUCUCCAUUGUCUCAUAUUUUUUAAAUGUCCUACUUUUUAUUAGACAAGAUGCAAAUCUUUGCAUUAGAUUAUGUAGUUGUAAGACAGUUGGACUGGAAGUAUUUUUAUUCUCAUUUCUGCCCACCAUUCACCCUUCAUUUCAUCUAGCAUCACAACUUUCAGCUGACAUAAGCAAUAAGAGUUUUUUUUCAUUUUUUGCCUCAUCAUCUCCUUCUAAUGUGGGCCAGAACCACUGCGAAAGCACAGCAGCUAUUUACAGUGCGAGCCUGGCACCAGUGAGUGCGCGUGUGGGUUUGCGUUUGCAUGUGCACUUGAACAUUUUGCACAUCUGACUGAGCACAUAAGAGUGACAGAGCUCAGCGAAGUCAAUUCAUGAAAAAAUGUGAGGGAUUAGGAUCAGAGCGGUUAGCAAGAAAUGGUGGUGAGUAUGAAUGCAGUGGGGAGGGUUUUAUCCACGAAAGCCAGCUCUGGGGAGGCAAAGAAAGUAAGGUAAACAUUGUUUCAGAGGCUGGUGUAUUUUUUAUUGGUUUAAGUGAGACAAGGACAUGACAAAUUUUAAGAGCACAAGUGUGGGAAUGAGAAUGAAUAAUUAAGACUCUUACAUGGAUUCACUCAUAUUUCCAUUUGUCGCUGUCAUAGCAGGUCAGAUUAGUCACUGUCAGCCUUUUCCGCCGCAGAAACACUCCUAGAAUAACGCAACCAGGGCUUUUAAGAAAUUAGACAUAAUUGGAUUUGAAGUUCUUUCUUUUAGUUUCAAUGAAAUUCAGGGACUAACACAAGCAAAAAUGUGUCCUUAACUAUAUGGUCUACUUCACAGUCCCAACUCUAAAAAGUAUACAUGCUACAGAAUGAAUCCUUUUAUUUGCUGAUUUAACACUUGUUUUUAAAAACAAGUGGUUUUUAUCUCUCUUUUUUUUUUACAUUUUCCCUUUCUGUGUUUGGCCAUUUGUGGCUAUGGCCUUUCAUAUUAAGUUGUUUUAAACGUCCAAUAUUUCAGACAUAAUUCUAAAAGGAAAAAAAAAACUUUUGGUUUCAUCUUUUGUUGCUGUUCAUUAUCUGUAGAUACAGCAGUAAAAUGGUCAACGUAGCCACCAGGGUAAACAGCUGCCAUUUAACGAUUCUUAAAUGUACUGUUAUGCCCCGUUUCCACCAACGGGUGCAGGUCAGGUCAUUUUUUUGUGUUUCCACAUGCAAAAACUAGAAAGGGUACCCUAAUAUCCAAUCUGACCCAAGACCCAGGCAGCGAGAUUACAGUUCACAAAUAUCCACACCUUCACCGUCCUGACACGCACCCAUUGGUGAAAAUGAGGCUUUAUUUAAAGACUAAAUGUUCUGGCAGCCUGGGCAAAUGUGUGCAGAAGUGGUGGUGAGGGAGUACGUUUUCAAAGCUUUAUUCAGGAGAGGCUUGUUUGACUCCAGCCAGAACUUUGUUUGGAAAACAACUUGCAACAAAAACUUAAAUCUCUA